ACAUCUAAUUGUCACUGUGAAUUUUUUUACUUGAAUUUGUUUAUUUAAAUAUGGACUCGUCUAAUUUAGCUUCAGGAGACAACAUAUCUCAACAUAUUCCCUCAAAUAUAAACGAAGUCAAUAAGCAAGAUGCGAAAGAAAUCGAAGCUCAAGUAAUUAAAGCUGACCAAGGGUCAGCAUCUCAAGUUGACGACGAGACAAAAAUUAAAGAACGUAUUGCCCAAUGCCGAUGCAUAAUAGAGUCACUGAAAUUUGAGCUCAGCGAAGAGAAGUCAAAAUUAGAAAUGGAGAGUAAAAUUACCCAUAGUUCAGUAGUUGAAGAUACCAAAUCUGCAUAUUCAUACACACAUGACGGCGUCUCGACUUCCCAAAGUCUAGAAGAAAGUUUCAAAGACAGCUCAAACCCGUAUGUCACGUGUGUUGACGCUAAAUUAAACUAUGAUGAGAAUCUCAUUGAGUACGAAAAGCAGUUACAGAAGUAUCAGACUACUCUUAACAUGGCCCAGAUGGAAAAGAAGAAUGCCAUUAGAAAGCAGAUGUUGGCUAAGGCUUUCAAGUUGAAACUUCUUGAGGUUGAGAAUCAGUGCAACAUUGAAUUGCUGAGAGUAAAGCAAAGCCUGCAGUGCUUGGAGCCUCUGAAGAUGAUUGUCAAUCAAUGGAAGAAUACCGUGGAAGACAAUACUUAUGAUGCUAAUAACUUUGUAUUGAUGCCGAGAUAUCCCGAGUUGAAAGCAACAUCCGGAAGUGACGUAAAUGCCAUGAAAGGGGAUAACGAAAACAUUUUUGAUAAAUCCGAGUACCCUUUAGAUACGAGUUGUUAGUUCCUGAUUUCAAAUUAUUAUUUUAAUAUUUACUG